GUCUGGCGGCAUGACAGGAUGCGCUUGUAAACAUCACAGGAGAGAAUAGUUCAUAUUUGUCAGACGUGCUUAUGUUCUUCUAAUAUCUGCGUAUAUUUGUUGCUUUUUCUAUCAACCAAUGAAAUAGUUUCGAGAGAAAUAUACCCUAAAUAAUAACACGCGUUAAAGAUGAGCAACAUAUAUAUUCAAGAGCCACCCACUAAUGGAAAGGUGUUGCUGAAGACCACGGCGGGUGAUAUUGAUAUAGAGCUGUGGUCUAAGGAAGCGCCGAAGGCAUGUAGGAACUUCACUCAGCUCUGUAUGGAGGGUUACUAUGAUGGCACAGUCUUUCAUCGCGUGGUGCAAGAGUUCAUUGUUCAAGGAGGGGAUCCGACGGGCUCAGGAACAGGCGGGGAGUCCAUCUACGGUCGCCCUUUCAAGGAUGAAUUUCACUCCAGAUUACGCUUCAACCGGAGAGGUUUGGUUGCUAUGGCAAACGCAGGACCUCAUGAUAAUGGGAGCCAGUUCUUCUUCACUCUCGGACGGGCUGAUGAACUUAACAACAAACACACCAUUUUUGGAAAGGUCACAGGAGACACUGUGUAUAACAUGCUCAGGUUAGCGGCUGUGGAGUGUAACAGUGAUGAACGGCCACUCAACCCUCACAAAAUUCGAACCGCAGAGGUCUUGCAUUCGGCCUUUGAGGACAUCAUUCCACGUGAAACGAAAGUCAAAAAAGUAAAAAACAAAGAAGAAGGGAAGAAAUCACAGUCCAAAGCAACCAAGAACUUCAGCUUGUUGUCGUUUGGAGAGGAGGCCGAGGAAGAGGAGGAGAUGGUCAAACAAGUCAGCCAGACCAUGAAAGGGAAAAGCAAAAGCAGUCAUGACCUGCUGAAGGAUGAUCCCAAGUUAAGCUCUGUUCCAGUCGUUGACAGCAACCAAAGUGGAGGAGAUGAUGCGGACGAUGAUGUGGAGGACGACAGCGAUCGUGAACUGGAGAGAGAGAAGGUCCGAGAGAACAUUGCAAAGAAACUGAAGAAAGAAAAGACGGAUGAGGAGAAGACCAAUCAAGACACGGUGAAGAAGACCUCUCGCAGUGAUGAAUUGCGAAAAGAAGCUCGCCAGCUGAAGAAAGAAUUACUCGCAAUCAAACAGCGAAAAGAAGAUGGUGUGAAGAAAGAAGAGGCUGUCACUGAGGUUGACAGUGAGCCGACCAAUGAGGCGAUGACAGAGUACCUGGAGAGCAGGAAGAAGUAUGAGGAAAUAAGGAAGCAGAAACUAAGGAAGGGUUCUGGUCGAGAGGCUCAGACACUUGCCCUUUUGGAAAGCUUCAAAACCAAACUAUCAUCUGCGAUCACUGAGACUCCUAGCGUUCCAGAGGAAAACAUGGAGGAACUGGGCGAGGAUGAUGAUAAGGGCUGGUUGGCCCAUGUUCUGCACUUUGAUGAACAAAGCAGAAAGGUAAAAGAUGCCAACAUGCAGGACGAAGACACAUUCGAGAUCUAUGAUCCACGCAACCCUGUCAACAAGAGGAGACGUGAGGAGAGCAAAAAACUCAUGAAAGAGAAGAAGGCCAGGAGGUGAGACUACAGCUACACUCCUCGUUCACCCGCUGCCUCAAACUGCCCGUCUGGAAUGAGUCCGGCCAUUAGAAAUGACACAACAUCAGG